AUGGCAGGAAUACCUCAUCCAUGGUUUGACUGGGGCAAUAGUAUCCCAGACUUUCUUGCACAACUUAGACAAGACUUGCAUAAUCGGGGUAUAGAUCCGGCAGGAGCAGGUGCUAAUGGAAGAGCUCAGGCAAAAGGAUAUUUAAGAAGCUGUAUGAGAGGAAGGACCCUAGAAUGGUUUGAUGAAGAGAUUACUACAAAAACAAAUUGGGAAUUAACUAACCUAACUGAUGGCACAGGACAAGCUAAUUUGGUAGCUGUAAAUGGACGUACAGCUCUCCAAAUAGGUGCUGAUGGUUUAAAUGAGGCGCUCGGACAACCUGGAAAUGCAAUAGUCAAAUUAAGAGCUGUAGAAGAUCCUUGGAAUGAGGACUGGCGUAUAGCAGGCGGUC